AUGAAUCCAAAUGGAUCGCAAGGUUCUGGUGGCUCUGCUGCUCCAGGUCGUGGAUUUGGUGGUCGUCGUGGUGGUGUUGGUGGACGAGGUGAUGGUCGAGGUGAAGGUCGUGGUGUUGUCUUUGGUGGUGGUCGUGGUAGUGGUCACGGUUUAGCAGUUGGUGGUGGUGGCGGUGAAGGUCGUGGUGCUGGCCGUGGUGGUGGCAUGGGCGGUGGCUUUGGUUUCGGUGGCGGUGAAGGUCGAGGAAAUGGCCGUGGUGGACGCGGCGGAGGGAGACUUCCAGGACAGGGUAGAGGUGGACACGGGGGAAGGGGAAUGAACAAUGUGCAAAUGACCAUUGUUGCCUUACUAGCACAAGAAUCCAGAAGAUUGAUGCCAGUUCUUCAUCUGGAUAGAGUCAACGGUGCUAUGUGGUUUGGUCUUGAUAACCCUCCUAGGCGAACCAUCGUCCCUUCGAUCCGUAGGCACUUCAAUGGACCAUGGUAUAAUAUAAGUUCUGUUCCCAAUGAGGCCCUGAUGCAAUGGUGGGGUGAUUUCAUACAAAGUUUCUAUUGGGAUGAUGCACAUGGCGGAGAAGUGUAUCAAUUGUGGUAUCAUGUUCUUGCUGGCCGCCUGAGGGACAUGAUAUCCAAGGCAAAAGUUUCAGGUAAUAAGCCUGAAUGGAUCAGUGGGGAUAUCUGGGAGUUGAUGCAAGAGUACUGGGGCACUGACGCAGCUCGGAAGAAGAGCAAGAUAGCGACAUAAAAUCGUUUAAGUUGUCGUGAUGGGUUUGGUCCACAUGCUCAUACAUCUGGUUCACGUUCGUACGACCAGCUCCGAGAGUUAAUACGUCGCAAAGAAGGGAUUGAGCCAUCCAUGCGUCGAAUUCUGAGGGAGACUCACCGCAAAGCUGAUGGCACAUAUGUGGAUGAUAAGGCGAGGUCGAUCGAAGAAGAGAUUCAAAGACAAAUUGAUGUCCUCAGUCAAACAUCAGAUGGCGCCGCAGAAGGAGGUUCAAAGGGCACAACCUUGACUCGACUUGAUGAAGAUGAGCAGUUCUACAAGGUCGUUCCUGCUCAGAAUGGGAGGAUCUUCGGUGUCGGGGGAAACAACUACAUACGUGAGCGUGGAGAACGCUCAGCUGGUGCAGUGACAAGAAUAUCUCUUGAACGCCAAAUGACAUCUCUUCAAGAGCAACUGGCGACUAUGGUUGAGUAUAUGAGGCAAUAUAUGCCUGAAGGUUCAGCAAACACUUUCCCCUCCACACAGCCAACAUAUGCAACAGAUGCGUCGGUGACCAGCCCAACUCACUGCAACAACAUAGAUAACGGAGAUGCCAAUCCGGAAGCUGCGACUGGUGGAGCGGAAAUAGCUAAUGAACUAGACGGUGCUCAUGAGCAAGAAGACGAUGACAACAAUGAGCUUCUCGGCGGUGCCCUGUGGCCAUGAAUAUGUUGUCUGCUGCUUUAAUCCCUCUACCUAUUUAAAACUCUGUAUUUUGUCUGCUGCUUUAAAAAAUAAAAACUCUGUUUGUUUUAAAACCCUGUUUCUUUGAACUAAUGUUUAAUCGGUGCUUUUGUAAUCUAGUUUUGCAAUUAUAUUUGCAGAAGAA